CAUAAAAUUCUCCGCGAACGUAUUGAACAAUAUAAUAGGAAAGUCGGGAUUGAGAAUAUCGGCCGCGUAGUUCAAGUGGGGGAUGGGAUUGCUCGUAUUAUAGGUCUUGGUGAAAUAAUGUCAGGCGAAUUAGUCGAAUUUGCAGAAGGGACUAGGGGUAUUGCUCUGAAUUUGGAAUCCAAAAAUGUUGGGAUUGUAUUAAUGGGCGAUGGGUUGAUGAUACAAGAGGGCAGUUUUGUAAAAGCAACAGGAAGGAUUGCUCAGAUACCCGUGAGGAGGCUUACUUGGGUCGUGUUAUAAAUGCUCUGGCUAAACCUAUUGAUGGGAGAGGCGAAAUUGUAGCUUCGGAAUCUCGCUUAAUUGAAUCUCCUGCUCCGGGUAUAAUUUCCAGACGUUCUGUAUAUGAACCCCUUCAAACGGGGCUUAUUGCUAUCGAUUCGAUGAUCCCCAUAGGGCGCGGUCAGCGAGAGUUAAUUAUUGGGGACAGACAAACAGGCAAAACAGCAGUAGCUACAGAUACAAUUCUCAAUCAAAAAGGGCAAGAUGUAAUAUGUGUUUAUGUAGCUAUCGGUCAAAGAGCAUCCUCCGUAGCUCAAGUCGUAACUACUUUCCAUGACGAGGGGGCGAUGGAAUACACAAUUGUAGUAGCUGAAAUGGCGGAUUCUCCUGCUACAUUACAAUACCUCGCUCCUUAUACGGGAGCAGCCCUGGCUGAGUAUUUUAUGUACCGCGAACGGCAUACUUUAAUAAUUUAUGAUGAUCUCUCCAAACAGGCACAAGCUUAUCGCCAAAUGUCCCUUCUAUUAAGAAGACCCCCCGGCCGCGAAGCUUACCCAGGGGAUGUUUUUUAUUUGCAUUCACGCCUUUUAGAAAGAGCCGCUAAAUUAAAUUCUCUUUUAGGGGAAGGAAGUAUGACCGCUUUACCAAUAGUUGAGACUCAAUCUGGAGACGUUUCCGCCUAUAUUCCUACUAAUGUAAUCUCCAUUACAGAUGGACAAAUAUUCUUAUCCGCAGAUCUAUUCAAUGUCGGAAUUCGACCUGCUAUUAAUGUGGGUAUUUCUGUUUCCAGAGUAGGAUCCGCGGCUCAAAUUAAAGCCAUGAAACAAGUAGCUGGCAAAUCAAAAUUGGAAUUAGCUCAAUUCGCAGAGUUACAAGCCUUUGCACAAUUCGCCUCUGCUCUCGAUAAAACAAGUCAGAAUCAAUUGGCAAGGGGCCGACGAUUACGAGAAUUGCUUAAACAAUCCCAAUCAAAUCCGCUUCCAGUGGAAGAGCAGGUAGCUACUAUUUAUACCGGAACGAGAGGAUAUCUUGAUUCCUUAGAAAUUGGACAGGUAAAGAAAUUUCUGGAUGAGUUACAUAAACACCUAAAAGAUACUAAACCUCAAUUCCAAGAAAUUAUAUCUUCUAGCAAGACAUUCACCGAGGAAGCGGAGAUCCUUUUGAAGGAAGCUAUUCAGGAACAACUCGAACGGUUUUCCCUUCAGGAACAAACAUAAAUUUUGCACGUCUACUCUUGUUAGUAGAAGUAGUAGAGGAGAAACCGUUGAGAAAGGUUUUUCAUUUGAAUCAUGCAAAAAACAAAAAA